CACACACAUUCUCUCAUUCACUCUUGACACACCCUGGGAGGUAGGCAGGGCAGGUAUCUCGACACCCAAGGCCACCACCGGAGCCGAGGAGCCAGACUUGGGCUCAGGUCUCUAGGACUGUUACCCUCAGUCCAGGGUCCCUUUCUCCACACAGGUCUCAUUUGCUUCCUCUUAUGCAGAAGGCUGGUGUCACAUAGUCACCCCCCACCCCAGAAGUGAUCACAGAGAACAAACCUGUGAUACUGAAAGGAAAUAAAAAGUUCGAAGCCGAUGCCCGAUGCCCGUGGGUCUUUCAUAUACAAAGGUGAUUUACCACCAGCUGUGUGGGAGCCAGGUCUUAGCUCCCCAGUGAGGGAUAGAUUUGCAUUUUUAAGGCCUGUGGCCAAGUUGCAGGCUGUGACCAUGAAACAGGACAGAGUGCCCUGACCUUUGCUGGUUUUAAAGGGCUGACCACCGCCCCCCCCCCGCCCCCUCACAUAGGGAAUCCGGUUGACUCAUUUGUGGCCCUGAGGAAAUGAAGUCUGAGCAGGGAGUGCUCAAAGACAGGCUCCACACACUGGCUGCCUGCAGGCACCAUAAAACCAAAAACACCAAACCUUUUGCCAUCAAGUCGAUUCUGACUCAUAGUGGCCCUAUAGGACAGAGUAGAACUAUAGGAUGGAGUAGAAUAGCCCCAUAGGAUUUCCGAGAAGCAACUGGUGGAUUCUAACUGCCAGAUUUUUAGUUAGAGGCCAAGCUCUUAACCGCUAUGCCACCAGGGUUCCCGAGGUGCCAGAGGAAGAGUCAAAGGGAAGAAGAUAGGCGGCGGUCCCUAUACCUCCAUCCCAGCAGAGCCGAGAGCCUCAGCUGUUCGCAGACACUCCUCCUCCCUUUCCCCAGCCCCUGACUCUUGCCUUUCUUUGCUGUUUUAUGACCUUGAAUGCUAACCAAAAGGUUGGAGGUUCGAGUCCACCUAGAGGCACCUCAGAAGAAAGGCCUGGCCAUCUCCUUCCAAAAAAUCAGUCAUUGAAGACCCUACGGAUCACAGUUGUACUCUGACACACCUGGGGUCGCCAUGAGUUGAAAUCGGUGCAAUGGCAACUAGUUUUUGACUUUUUUCAAGAGUGUAAGCCAGUUGUUUUACAAGACAUCUUGCAGCCUAGGUUGGUCUGAUUGUUUCCUCAUGAGUGGACUCAGGGUGAACAUUUCGACAAGUGCUCUUCCCAACACACCACAUCUGGAGACUCAGAAUGUCAGCUGGUUUCACCAUGGGAGAUGCCAUGCUUGAACAUUUGGAAAGGGGUGAGGUCACCCUAAGUUUAGGCUAAGAAUCAGAGACCAAAGCUGCUUGCCUGAGGCUUUCAAAUGCCUCUUGCUUAAGAAUCGUUUGACCGCUGACGUGGUCACACGCUGGGGUUUCUGUUCUUUAUUCUCUUUGGUCUGUGACUAGCUGGCCGUCUCCUUCUCCCAGGAACCCAAGUGGGAUUUGUUUUUAUUUUCGACAAAGGCAGCCUCCUUUCUCUCGGAACCCUCUGUCUAGUACCCUGCCCUUGGUGUUCCUGGGUGUAACCGGCGUAUUUGCACACUGCACCUGUGCGUACUCUUUCUGGAGAGUCCCUCCCCCAGACCAGUCUAUAAAUAUUUGUACGUAAUACAACACGGAGCCUUGGUGGUGCAGUGGUUAAGCACUUGGCUGCUCACCGAAAGUUCGGUGGUUCAAACCCACCAGCUGCUCUGCGGGGGAAAGAUUUACAGCCUCGGAAACCCUAUGGGGCAGUUCUACUCUGUCCUCGACGACGGCAGUGGGUUUUUCACACAAAAUACCUCUGGUAGCGGAAACCCUGGUGGCAUAGUGGUUAAGUGCGAUGGCUACUAACCAAAAGGUCGGCAGUUCAAAUCCACCAGGUCCUCCUUGGAAACUUGACGAGGCAGUUCUACUCUGCCCUAUAGGUUCGCUGUGAGUCAGAAUUGACGUGACUGGCAACAGGUUUUUUUGGCCUCUGGUAGCUACCCACUUUCUCCACAAGGCCUCUUUCUUUAAAGCCUUUCCUAUUUAUCUGAUUAUUUUGAAGAGAAAAAUCUCGAUUUCAUGCUAAUCUGUGUAUAACGCCCAUCUUAACACUUGCUAACAGCUCCUUUAGCAAAGGGGUUACAGUCCCAGCUCUGGCUGGAGCCAUCCAGGGAGAGUGCCUGGGGAAGCUCUAGCAAGAAGAGACAACGCCUUUCUGCUGAAUAGCAUUUCUAAUAUUCUGGGCCCCCCUGGAUAUUAGAAAUCCAGCAUCCUUUGCUAAAAACCCACCUCAGACUGGAGUUACUCCAUAUUAUUCCCAAAUGUUUUGCAUACGAGGAGACCUUUUUAUGGUCAAAAUGCUUGUAGACUGACCCUUCCCCAGGUCCUUGUGCUUAAAGAUUACAUAUGUUAUGUAAUGACAGAAAGCUACUCAGAAUUCAGGAACUCUUGAAAAAUGUUAAAAAAAUAAUUUUUUAAUACAGGAAAAUCAACAUACAUUUGUGAAAAAAGUAAUAUACGUAUAUGCUUAAGGAUCAGAGGGCCUGACAGAAAUAAGGAUGCUGCUGUCCUCCUGAACUAUUUUGAUUCUUGUGACGAUGAAAUGGAAAUUUCAGGACUCUAGGAAGUGGAUACCAGUCAAAAAGUUUCACUCACCCUUUGUUCCCUGUCCAUUGCAAAAGUAUCACCCACGUGUUCCCUGCUCUGACGCUCUCCCUUGGCCUACAAGUGGCCAGCUUCAUCAACUGAGUGGUCCUGACCCCAGAGCCGGUGUGGUCAUGGGAGCGGAGGAGGAAAGCAGGGCCCCAGCUUCCAGCCUCACCUCCAGCAGAAUCCGAUGUACACUUUCCAAAAGGGGUGAAUGACCCCGUCUAUUUCAUUGUUCCACACAACCUAUGGGGCCAUCUGGUCCGUUGUCUUUUACCUUCAAUCGGGUCAGUGAAGCAGGCCUGCCUCCCUGUUUUAAUUUUGGGGGGAAACAGAAAAAGCCAAGCAACGUAAUUUCUAAAACAAAGAGGAACUUUUGCUGCCCGUAUGCCUUCUUCCUGUUAGUGUUCUCUUGUUUCAGAAUACAGUCUUGAUUCACGGUAUAUAUAUGAAAUGAAUCUGUUUCCAUCACUUGUUUAUUUCAACCAGCUCUGGAGGGAGCAAAGCCCGACCAAAAGCCACGUUGACGUUCUGCCUCGAUGGAACCCCAGCUGUUUUCAGACAAGGGACAGAAGUGGGGUUAAAUCACAGGUUUCCAUGAAAACCAGCUAGAAUGCAUAGCCCCCAGAUUAAUGGUUACGUGAGGGAUAACAGUGAGCAGUUGAGGUCCUAAUAUCUCAAGGACUUCUUAGAGAAGAACCAGCAAGGAUAUUUGGUGCAGUGGUUCAGAGCUACAGCUGCUAACAAAGAGGUCAGCUGUUUAAAUCCACUAGCUCCUCCUUGGAAACCCUAUGGGGCAGUUCUACUCUGUCCUAUGGGGUCAGAAUUGCCUCGACGGCAACAGGUUUGGCUUUUUUUUUUUUUUUUGGAGAUGAUCAGGAUAGUUAGAAAAUAAAAAGAAGGAUAAAUGCAAAGCUAAGAAAACUCCACUUUAACAUGAGGUAGGAUCUCUAAUCUUAACUAUUUCCAAGUCACACGUAUGACAGACACAGUACAGAGUCUUGUCUUCUAAUAGAACCUGGGUCAACAGCGUCUGGUCCUUUAAAGCUUUUCACUAAUUAGAAGCUAAUGGUCUCUGGGUUUUGCCAUGAUCCUGAUAACCACCACUGAAUAAAAAAUAGAGACCUUAUAGAAACUGUUAACUGGAUAAAAGAAUAUAGGGUUUAUAGUCUCCGCAGUGAGGAGCAUGGAACUUUCCAGACUCUACACUGGAGACACUUUGAUUUUGUUAUCUGGUUUAAGAAGGAUAGAUACAAGAAGAAUCUGUUAAUGCCAUCUGCUUCCCAUGUCAGGGUCUCAGGUUUUCUAUAGGGUGUCUCCCCAGGGGCCACCCAGAUCAGGAGACAUAGUACUUAUUCAGACAGUACUUGAAAUACAGGUUGAUUCGCAGUUCCUUUGUAUUAACUCUGUGACUCCCUUAGUGGGUGACAGCCCAUAAGAAGGGAACCCGUGAUCCAAGCCUUUUAAUUAUAAUGAGGACAGGUUCCGGAUUACCUCAUUUAAAUUAUCAGUGCUGUCCUACCAUCUGUGCCUUCCAUUAUAAUUGUUUUCCACUGACUUCCAUUUCUCCACCAAGAGUGUAAUAAGAUCAGCAACAUUUGACUUAAAAAAUAUGUAUCUUUCAGAAGGUGUCAGAGAUAGGAGUAAAGUGGGACAGUUCUUUAUUUGCACACUCAAGCUUAGAUACUCUUUUACAGCUGGAGACGCUGUUGAGUGGUCCUCAUCCAACCGAGGUUGAGCAUGAGUGCAGGGAUAGCUGUCCCGUGCACACAGGGCUGCACUUGAGAUGGAGUUGCUGCCCCUUUGGCUCUGCCUGGGUUUUCACUUCUUGACAGUGGAAUGGAGAAGCGGAAGUGGAAUGGCCACAGCAGCUUCCCAAGGGGGCUGCAAGUCGGUGGGUGGAGUCACCGACUGCCGAAAGCGGCGCCUUGCUUCAGUGCCCAGUGAUCUCUCACCGUAUUCCCAGACGCUCAUCCUGGAUGCCAACCCUCUCAAGACCCUAUGGAACCAUUCCCUCCAGCACUACCCUCACCUGGAGAGCCUCAGUCUGCACAGCUGCCACCUGGAGAGCAUCAACCGUGGUGCCUUCCAGGAGCAAGCCCACCUGCACAGCCUGGAUCUCGCUGACAACACCCUUUCAGAGAACUACAAGGAGACAGCUGCUGCUUUCCACACCCUCCAGGGUCUGCGGAGGCUGGACUUGUCAGGAAACUCCCUGACAGAAGACAUGGUGGCCCUCAUGCUCCAGAACCUCUCAUCGCUGGAGUCUGUGUUCCUGGGGAGGAACACCAUCAUGAGGCUCGACGACUCCUUCUUUGAGGGUCUGGGGCACCUCCAGGAGCUGGAUUUGCAGAGGAACUACAUCUUUGAAAUCGAGGGUGGUGCUUUCGAUGGCUUGACUGAGCUUAGACAUCUCAACCUGGCCUAUAAUAACCUUCCUUGCAUUGUGGACUUCAGCCUCACGAAGCUACGGCUCCUCAAUGUCAGCUACAAUGUCCUGGAGUGGUUCCUGGCAUCAGGGGGAGAGUCUGCCUUUGAGCUGGAGACACUGGACCUGUCUCAUAAUCAGCUGCUGUUUUUCCCGCUCCUGCCCCAGUACAGCAAGCUGCACACCCUCCUGCUGCAGGACAACAACAUGGGCUUCUACAAGGAUCUGUACAACACCUCGUCGCCGAAGGAGAUGGUGGCCCAGUUCCUCCUGGUGGACGGCAACGUGACCAACAUCACCACAGUCAACCUCUGGGAAGAGUUUGCUUCCAGCGACCUCUCAGAUCUCCGCUUCCUAGAUCUGAGCCAGAACCAGUUCCAAUACCUGCCAGAUGGCUUCCUGAAGAAAAUGCCUUCCCUCUUCCACCUGAACCUCAACCAGAAUUGCCUGAUGUCGCUGCACAUCCGGGAGCAUGAGCCCCCAGGAGCACUCACGGAGCUGGACUUGAGCCAGAACCAACUGUCUGAGCUGCAGUGGACUCCAGGGCUCACCAGCUGUCUACGGAGCCUCCAGGUAUUCAACCUGAGCUCCAACCAGCUCCUGGGUGUCCCCACUGGCCUUUUGGCUGAUGCCAGUAACAUCACUACACUUGACAUGAGCCAUAAUCAGAUCUCACUUUGUCCCCUGCCAGUCCACUUAGACCGGGAGGGCCCCCCCAGCUGUGUAGAUUUUAGGAAUAUGGUGUCGUUGAGGAGCCUCUCUCUGGAGGGAUGUGGACUGGGGGCCCUACAAGACUGCCCGUUCCAGGGGACCCUCCUCACUCACUUAGACCUGUCCAGCAAUUGGGGGAUUCUGAAUGCGAGCAUCACCCCUCUCCAGGAUAUUGCCCCCACGUUACAAGUCCUGUCUCUCAGGAAUGUGGGACUCAGUUCCAGCUUCACGGAGUUGGACUUCUCUGGGUUUGGGAAUCUGAGGGACUUGGAUCUGUCAGGGAAUUCCUUGACCAGUUUCCCCAGGUUUGGGGGAAGCCUGUCCCUGCAGACCCUGGAUCUCCGCAGAAACUGCCUCACAGCCCUUCCCCAGAGGGCUGCGUCUGAGCAGCUCCUGAGGAGCCUACGGACCAUCUACCUCAGUCAGAAUCCAUAUGACUGCUGUGGGGUGGAGGGCUGGGGGGCCCUGCAGCGCCUGCAGACGCUGCGCAUCCCCGACUUGGCAAUGAUCACUUGCAACCUCUCCUCCAAGGUCAUCCGCGUGGUGGACCUACCCAGAGAGGUGCCUCAGGACUGUAAAUGGGAGCGGGUGGACAUGGGCCUCCUGUACCUCGUGCUCAUUCUCCCCAGCUGCCUCACCCUGCUGGUGGCCUGUACCGUCAUCUUCCUCACUUUUAAGAAGCCUCUGCUUCAGGUAAUCAAGAGCCGCUGCCACUGGUCUUCCAUAUACUGAUGCUGGCUGCUUGCCGAGGUUAGAAAUUUGGCCCACACGUGUCAGGACACUUUCUCUGCUAGGUUUCAAGAUCCCGUGCAGAGGCCAAGCCUGAUGAAUUGGGGUUUAAAUUAAAAUGUAAAGCGUUUCCAUCUCUUAGUCCCCCUUGUACUUCCUUCGCCAUUAUCCUUUGUCAUCAUCAACCUGGUAAAGUAUUUAUUAAGUAACAUCCUGUGACAAUAAAAGACAAUGUGUCUCAAAUAUUUUUUUA